AUGUCGGCUUCAAGAGGUACAGAUGCAACAAGGGUGCUGAGAGGUGUACAAAUGGUGUUGGAAGAGAUAGUUAAGGCCAACGAACACAAUUGCAAGAGGAACAUGAAAAACUGUAGCAUUACAGCUGCAUUUAAAGAUGCGACAAUUCAAUUUGCUGACAGGAUUGGAGCAGCUAAAUUAAAACCAGAAAACAUCACAAAAGAAGUCUCUGAGAGAUCGGCUAUGGUAUUUGAAGGUCUGCGAAAUGUUAUCAUAAUGACACUCCAGCAAAAUAAUCAGUCUGCAGAAACUAUACCAACUAAUCCAAUAGAUAUUGUACCUUUUGAUCAAUUUCCUAGUGAAGGUCAAGCACUAAGCGGACCAUUUAAGGUUCCUAGUGAUGUAUUGAAAAAACAUUGUUUCUAUGGAAAUUGCACUAGAGACUUGGUUAUUGUUCCUCUUAAACCUAAUAAUAUUGGACAAAAAUUAUAUUACAGUAAUAAUGAAGAAAACUCAAAACAAAAAGCAGCCGAUAAAAAUAUAAAUGAAAUUAAAGAAAAACGUAAACCAACUGUUAGUAAAAACACAAAACCCAAACAACAGUUAAGUGGAUCUGCAAAACAGAAAACUGUACCAACCUCCCACAUUGGUCGAAUGAUGUCAUUUGGUGGACUCGCAGCUGGAUUAGGUAUUGGAGCUGUUACAGAAAUGACAAAACGUACGCUGGGAGUUAGCAAUUCCACCAAAAAAGAUGAAGGUGGUUACAUGGAAAGUGCAUUUAUAUCUCCGGAUAAUGCUGAACGUAUUGCUAAUACAUUAUGUGAAGUUCGAGGUGCUGCUUUAAAAAUUGGCCAAAUUCUUAGCAUUCAAGACAACAAUUUACUAAGUCCACAGCUGCAGAAAGCAUUUGAAAGAGUUCGCCAAUCAGCAGAUUUCAUGCCAACUUGGCAAUUAGAAAAAGUAUUGGCUAAAGAACUGGGUACUAAUUGGAAAGAACGUUUUGAAACUUUCAACAUGAAGCCUUUUGCGGCCGCAUCUAUAGGUCAAGUACAUGAAGCUACAAUUAAAGAUGGAACAAAAGUCGCAGUCAAAGUUCAAUAUCCUGGUGUUGCUGAUAGCAUAAAGAGUGAUAUUGAUAAUUUGGUUGGAGUUAUGAAAGUAUGGAAUAUGUUUCCACAAGGCAUGUUUAUUGAUAACAUUGUUAAAGUAGCAAACAAAGAACUAUCCAAUGAAGUAGAUUAUAUUCGAGAGGCAGAAUGUACAAGGAAAUUCAGACAGUUAUUAGAACCUUAUAAUGACUAUUACGUACCAAAAGUUAUCGAUGAACUUAGCACCAAACGGAUAUUUACAUCCGAAUUAAUUGAGGGAAUACCACUGGACAAAUGUGAUUAUAUGGAUCAGGACACUCGUAACAAUUUGUGUUUCUUAGUGUUACAAUUGUGCCUUAAAGAGCUUUUUGAAUUUGCAUACAUGCAAACCGAUCCGAAUUGGGCCAAUUUUUUCUAUAAUGAAAGAACUAAACAGUUAAUUUUAUUGGAUUUUGGAGCUACUCGUUCUUUUGAUCAAAAAUUUUUAAGUGAUUAUUUAAAAAUUAUUAAGGCAGCAGCAGAAAACAAUCGUGAACUAGUCCUGAAUUAUUCCAAAGAAAUGGGGUUUUUAACUGGAUACGAGUCUAAGGCAAUGGAAGAUGCUCAUGUUGAUAUGGUAAUGAUUAUGGGAGAAGUAUUUCAGUAUGAUGGGGAGUAUGAUUUUGGGUCACAGAAUUCUACUAAACGUAUCCAAUCAUUAUUACCAGUAAUUCUACAUCAACGGCUAGCACCACCACCUGAAGAAAUCUAUAGCAUUCACAGAAAAUUAUCUGGUAUAUUUUUACUUUGCUACAAAUUAAAAGCCAAGUUUAUGUGCAGAAAAUUAUUCUUCGAUACUUAUGAACAGUUCAAACAUAAAUAUUAA